AUGAAUCGACUGGCAACCCUGUUCCAGGAAGAACAACAUCAGCUGAAGCUCAACGAAUUUUGUGCCCAGAGAGCGUGGUGGUCAUUCAUUCCGCCACGCAGUCCUCAUUUUGGUGGGAUUUGGGAAGCCGGCGUAAAGUCGGUGAAAUCGCAUCUAAAGCUGAUCAUGGCAGAACACAAGCUGUCAUUUGAACAAUUUGCAACUGUGCUGACACAAAUCGAAGCCGUGCUAAAUUCACGCCCCCUCGUGCCAGUAUCAGAUGACCCGAAUGACAUCAAUGCCAUUACUCCUGCCCACUUUCUGAUCGGGCGUGAGUUCCAAGGAAUCCAGGAACCGUCGUAUGAACAUAUUCCGCAAGGCAGACUGUCCCAGUGGCAACUGGUUCAAGACAUGAAGCAGAAAUUUUGGAAGCUGUGA